CUCGUCAAAUGCUGGUGUAUGGAACGGAUUCACCCCAGGACUCUCCCUGGGUUUCAAUACAAACAUCUGCUCCGCCCUCAGGGCGGGGCUCCGCCAAGCAAUCCUGGGAAGAAUCGGCUCCGCCCCGGAGCUCCCGGGGAGAGUCAGUAGAAAAGUCCGCAACGCCCUUGGUCAUCCUCCCUUCUACACUCACGCCCCGGGAGACUGUCAACCAGGACAUGGCGAGUCGGGAGAAGGCGAGCGUAUCGGGCAACGUGUUCGACGUGGUCGUGAUAGGUGGUGGCAUAUCAGGAUUAUCUGCAGCUAAAUUGUUAGCUGAACUUGAAGUUAGCGUUUUGGUUUUAGAAGCCCGGGACAGAGUUGGAGGUAGAACAUACACUGUAAGAAAUGAACAUGUUGAUUACGUAGAUGUUGGCGGGGCUUAUGUUGGACCCACCCAGAACAGGAUCUUAAGGUUAUCUAAGGAACUGGGUUUAAAAACUUACAAAGUGAAUGUAAACGAGCGUGUUGUACAAUAUAUUAAGGGGAAAACUUACCCAUUUCGGGGUGCAUUCCCUCCUGUAUGGAACCCAAUUGCAUAUCUGGACUACAACAACUUGUGGCGGACAAUGGAUAACAUGGGAAAGGAGAUUCCAGCUGAUGCGCCAUGGAAUGCUCCCCAUGCACAUGAGUGGGACAGAAUUACGAUGAAAGACCUCAUCGAAAAGAUCUGUUGGACACAGACGGCUAAGCAGUUUGCAUCUCUCUUUGUGAACAUCAAUGUGACCUCUGAGCCGCAUGAGGUAUCUGCCCUGUGGUUCUUGUGGUAUGUGAAGCAGUGUGGUGGCACCACUCGGAUAUUCUCCGUUACCAAUGGGGGCCAGGAACGGAAGUUUGUAGGUGGAUCUGCUCAAGUGAGUGAAAAGAUAAUGAGCCUUCUUGGGAACAGAGUGAAGCUGAUGCGUCCCGUUACCUGCAUUGACCAGUCAGGUGACAACAUCAUCAUACAGACGUUGAAUCAUGAAGUUUAUGAGUGCAAAUAUGUUAUUAGUGCCAUCCCUCCUACUCUGACAGCCAAGAUUCACUUUACUCCAGAGCUGCCACCUGAGAGAAACCAGUUAGUCCAACGUCUUCCAAUGGGAGCUAUCAUUAAGUGUAUGAUGUAUUACAAGGAAGCCUUUUGGAAGAAGAAGGACUACUGUGGUUGUAUGAUCAUCCAAGAUGAAGAGGCUCCAAUUUCAAUAACCCUAGAUGACAGCAAACCAGAUGGAUCUCUGCCCGCUAUCAUGGGUUUCAUUCUUGCUCGAAAAGCUGUCCAACUAGCAAAUCUCUGUAAAGAUGAAAGAAAGAGAAAAAUCUGUGAGUUGUACUCCAAAGUGCUGGGAUCUGAAGAAGCUUUACAACCAGUACAUUAUGAAGAAAAGAAUUGGUGCGAAGAACAGUACUCAGGGGGCUGUUAUACUGCCUACUUUCCUCCCGGCAUCAUGACUCAAUAUGGAAGGGUGAUUCGUGAACCAGUAGGCAGGAUUUAUUUUGCUGGAACAGAGACAGCCACACAUUGGAGUGGGUAUAUGGAAGGAGCUGUUGAAGCUGGAGAACGAGCAGCCAGAUCGAUCUUAUAUGUUAUGGGGAAGGUGGCAAAUCUAGAUGUUGAAGAACCUGAAUCAGAGGAUGUUCCAGCUACUGAAAUCAGGCAUACAUUUUGGGAAAGACAUCUCCCCUCAGUGCCAGGCCUUCUGAAGAUCAUUGGAUUUUCCACAUCAGUAACUGCCCUGUGUUUUGUGGCAUACAAGUUUAGGUUUCUGAAAUGAUCCUGAAGUGUACACCCUCCGCUUAGUCUUUUCUAGUACUAUCAGCAAGAAAUUGUCAACAAAUUAAUGGCUGUGUCUCAUUAGACUAUUGUUAAGUGCACUGCAUGUAACACCUUAGUUUAGUCUGUAUUAAAGUAAAAACAACUCACGGAAUCACCUCAUUAAAAUCAGUAAGCGCAAGCUCCAUCUUAUUUGUCUGUGUAGACUAAUUCGUGUUUAUUGGUAGAAUAAAACCUUGUGAUCAUUUUUUUAAAUUUCAAGUUCAAUUAUUCGUCAGAAAUAAUUUCUAUGUCCUGUUUUUCCCCUUUAACAUGAAAUGCCUGAUGAUUGCAAAAAUGAAGCCUUUAACUUUCUAUAGAGGUUAAAUAGGUGAAGGCUCAGCUUGUGACUGAUCUUUUCAGUCUUUAGGAAAUAGAGAAGUGUAGGUCCAGAGCACAGGGUGUCACAGCUUCUUGGGGUGAGCUGAUUCUACCUUGGAUGAGGAAAUAGUACAUGAAAGUAGAGGUAGACCAGUAAGGUGGGGAGGGGCAUUUUGUAGGCUGUCGCCUCAGGAAUCUCAGGACUGCUUCUAAUCCCUAUAAAGUUUCUAGACAUCUAGUCCCAGUGUUAGCUCACUUGUAUAUUUUCCCCCUUUGCUUCUUAAACAGAACAGUGUUUACCAAGGCAUAAUGAUUAAAGUGACUUUCUGUGACUUCUGUACACCUCCCCAGGAGAGCAGAAUAAACUAGUGCCAGGAUUGUUCCCAAGAGGCCUCCCUGACUAGCUCUACAUGAGGCAUCUUCUCUUCUUCCUGGAAUAUGGCUAGAUAUCACUUCACUCCUCAUUGAUGAUAACAUUCUCUACCAAUUUCAGGAAAGUAGUAUUUUCCUUUCUUUCAGGUAGACCCUGGCUAUCUGAAAGCCCUUAGUGACAUUUUUUUUUCUUUUUUUCCUAUGACCAUAGUAGAGUUAGACAAAUCUGUUAAUUUCAAUAUGUUUUCAAUAUGGUUACCCUACUGUUAGCAUGCCAGUUUCUCUCAAAUAACUAAAAUAGACAUUAAAAAUUUCUUAUUGUUAUCUGUUGAGACUAUAAGAUACAUAAAGAAAAUUAUGGCUCUAUAUUAUAAAUUCACGUGCUUUAGUUAUUAAGUUUUAUAUAAGACAUGAAAUUGAGUGAUUUUACAUAAGAAGACUAAGUUCUCUAAGGAGUUAUGUGGGCCCAGAGUAGUUCCACUAUCAGAUGUUUAAGAGCCCCUUCCAAAGGUUUCAGCCAUAAACCACUUCUUUUUUCAAUAUAAAUAUCUGGAGAAAAAUCAACAUAGAUGUGAUCAAAUAAAGCAAUUGAGAAGAUUCAGUGGAUUCAGGUACACAGGUGGUAGAUACACAGUAAAACCUUAUUGUGCAGCAUCAAUGAAUGAAGGUUUCAUUUCAAAUGAAGUUUCUAGAUAGCCAAAACUUACUCUUUUAUGUGCCAAAAUUUUUAAAUAAAAAUUUCAAUGAAUAUAUUUCUAUACAGUAUUAAACAAGCUACAUCCAAUUAAUUUUUUAUUGAUAAGGUCAAUCAUUAUAUACCUGAAUUAUAUUAUGCUUUUAUAAUAGAGUAAUACCAUCAUGUUUGCCCUUCUACAAAAUGUCACAUGAUUGUUUUGUAGCUGUUGAGUAAGCUACUUCUUCUGUCUUCUCCCAUAUUCAGCAUUUUAUUUCAUAUCCUAUUUAUUUCCUAACACCCAUUAACCAAAUCUAUUUUUAUUGAAUGAGAAUUAAAGACUGCCAAAGGAAACCAACCCAAGUUUAUUAUAUAAUCAACCUUAUCAUAAAUCUAAAAUUAAGUUAUGGCCAUGGUGUGAGGAGUUAAGGUAUUUGUUUUGCCUCACCUAAGAGCAAAGAGUAGGAUUUUUCUGCUGUUCUUUAACUUUCAUUUGAAAAUUAUUUUAGCUAAUUUAGGAGUUUUGGCAAUGCCUUGGAUAUGCUCUAGUACAUAGUGAGAUGCACAUACAUCAAACCACUUAAUAGAAAUCACAACCCUGAUCUAUUUCAGUUGUUUCUGUUCAUUUACUUAUUAACUUGGCUCUGACACACCUUUUGGCAAAAUCUCAACUGGCAAGAGUUUUAACAGUAAUCAGGUUGAUAGUAUAUCCAAGUCUUGAAUAUUGAAGAACUGAGUAUUCAAUUACCCUCUCCUCAAACUUUUUAAGAAACCAAUUAAUGUAUUAUAAUUAGAUCAGCCCUAUUAAGCUACAGAUUGAGUAUUAAAAUGGAUGCCAGUCCAGAUGUGCAUAAACAUAAAGUUGGAGCUGGAAACUCCCACCAUAUAGGAGAUUGUUCAACAACACAAAGAAAGAUACCAUAGGUCUUUUCUCCAUUCCAGAGAAGCUAGUCAUUUUCCACAGCUGAUAGAGCCAGGCUCUGUUAAGGCAUCUGCCUCACAGUUCUGAGGGCUGAAUUGGUCUUACUCCAUUGUAGGAUUGAGAAUUAGAUUUUAAAAGUUAUCUUUUUAUCACAACUAUUAAAUAAGGAUUUAUACUACACUGAAGAAAAAAUAUUGAAGGACCAUGAACUACAUUUAGUUUGAUUGUAAAUUUGGUGCCUAAUGUUCUGUCUGAAAUGUGCCCAAGUGCUACAUGUGGGAGUAUGCAUAAGUGUUUGUUUUGCAAUUGAAAUAUUUUGCCUGUAUGGUACUGUUUGGUUUGUUAAUAAAGUGCACUACCACCCCUGA